UUCUCUAUGUCACAACACAUGCAUUUAAACAGGAAAAGGCAGAUACAGUCAAGAGCUGAUAGGAAGAAGUAGCAUUUUUACAUCCUGCAUUUCAGCAUGGACUUUGACUACCGAAAGAUGAAAGAUGCUGAAUAUCGACAGAGAGAAGAGCGAUUGAGGUCUCUUCCUGUCCAUCACCCAAGACCAAUGCCCCGUGCAUCUCUUGCUCCAGAGAAACCAACAACAAAGAAACCUCCAGUAAAGCCCCGGCGCAGCAUAAAGUGUCGCCCCACUGCACAUCAAGAGACUGAGCAAUUAAAUAACCAGUGCCAGCAGAAGGAAAAUGAGAUAACAGUCAAGCGAAUAGCUCCUGCUCUUGUUUUGGGCCCCGUGGGGCACCUGGAGUCCCUGACUCCAUCUCUGCGUGCUCACACUCUGCUGUGGUUUGAAAGAACGCAGCUGCCUCGACUGCAAACACCCGGACACCCUCUUCCCUGCUGGUUCCAUGGUUUCACUACACGCAGGGAAGCUGAGCAGCUGCUGCAGGAUAAGCCACAAGGCUGUUUCCUGUUGAGGCUAAGCGAGACGAAGAUUGGCUUUGUGCUCUCUUACAGAGGAGAGGAUAGAUGUCGUCACUUCAUCAUUGAAGAGGAGGAGAGAGGAGCAUCUGGUAGUAUGUAUCUCAUUGCUGGAGAAAACAGCCGUCAUCGAAGCCUGGAAGACCUAUUCAACUACUAUACUCAUAAUCCAGUGGGACCCUUUAAUGAGAUGUUGACCAUGCCUUGCAUGCAGACUAAUGAGGGCUGUGAAGAAACUGAUAGGUUGGGAGUGAAGGACAGGGAAGCAGAAGGAAAUGGAAAAGAGAUGAAUCAAGAGUUGCAAACAAGCCUGCCCAUGGCCACCGGUCUGGCUGUUCUAGAUCCAUUACCCUCAAACCCGUCCAAUCAGUUUACCUCUGCCAGAGAAGAGUCUGUGCAGUAUGCAGCGGUCAGGAAGCCACUAAAAAAGACUUACUCACUACCAGAGUGCAAAUGUGGUCCUGACACAGCGCCUCUUAGCCUAGAAAAUGGCAAUUCUGAGCUUGCUGAACGACCCAUCAACCUGAAUGUAACAGUGGAUCAAGCUCCACCCACAGAUGUUCCAUAUGCCCGAGUCAACAAACCUCCCAGAGCUGUGUCAGAAAAUAUGCCCAACGUCAGUGAUCACUCUGAUCUUCAAGGGGCGACAGCAGAAUCUACUAUCCCUCCAACUUUUCCAAGCUUUGAAAUGACGGCAGCAGAGCAGAAAUAUUGGAAAAUGGAGCCCAUGCACACCUAUGAGGAGACUCCACAUAUGCGCAGUCAUACCGAGGAGAUUGACUGUUACGCUGCUGGUUGGAGAAGGCAGGCGGAAAAAGAUGGAGCAGAUCUACCAAAGCAUCAUUUGUAUACAGAGGUGAACAUAAAGGGUGCCCAAGAUGGCCAUUCUGUAUCAUCAAGACCCGGUUCUAGUCUUCCUCUUAGACCACCUCCGAGAUCUGCACUUGGUCCUUUAAGACCAGAGAGUGCUAGGCAGAGUUUUGGUGUGUCCCCAUUGACGGUUCAGCCACAACACUCUGGUCUCCAGCAUUCAGAGCGCUUGCCUCUGCAGGCUUCCUCCUGCUCCAUUUAUGAGCAGAUUCCAGCAAGACCAACCAGCUCUAGACCAAAUCUGCCCCCACCCAACCCUAAACGCUGAUGUUCAGGAUCGUCUAGAACUCUCAAAUCACCAAACUAAAGGAGAAUUUAGGUUCAUAAGCAUUCAGCACCAUGAAUGUGUAUGAUUGCAGGCUUGUAAAUAUUGAUUCCCCAUCAUGGAAUAGCUAUAGACAUCGGCUACAAGUGGUCAUCUAUUUAAAUUAAAUCUGAAUACAUAUGCUUUUCUAUAUAAAUUCUUCACCCAAGAGACAUAUUACACUGCAAAUAAAGGUUUGAUAUUGCAAUGUUCUCACUAUUCUUAAUUUCGCCAACCAAUGCUUUUUAUUUUUUGCUUUAUCAUUAAAAGUGUAUUCUGUGUUCAAUACUUGUUAAGGACAGUCAAUAACAUUUGUAGCAUAAUGUUGAUUAUCACAAAAAAUAUAUUUUAUAAAAUUAUUUAUAUAUAUAAAAAAAGCAAAAAGUGAAGUGAAUGGGGCCAAUCCAUAAACAUUAAAAUACACAAAGUUUCAAAAGUAUAGCUACAAGACAUGAACAUUACGUGUUAACAUGAUUUUAGUGUGAUACAAUCACUUACUAACCUUAUCAGGUAAAGUUUCAUCCAAUGUUGCAACUUCCUUGCCAUGGUGACACAAACACCAGUAAACCCUGUAAGCGAUUUUAUCACACUGAAAUCACAUAACAGAGAUUUCACCACACUAAAAUCAUGUUAACCUGUAUAAAUGUUUACUUCUUGUGGCUAAACUUUUUAAACAGUGAGUAAACAGUGAGUAUUUUAAUAUUUAUGAACUGGUGCCUUAACUGCAAUGUUUGCAUAAAGUAAAAUUUCUCUUCUGUGGUUAUAGACAUUAUGCUACAAAAUUUGUCAAUUGAGCUUAAAGGGAUAGCUCAACCAAAAAUAAAAAUUAUCUCAUCAUUUACUCACCCUGCCAUCCCAGAUGUGUAUGACUUUAUUUCUUGUGCUAGACAUAAACAAAGAUUUUUAGAAGAAUAUCUCAGCUCGAAGUAAUCCAUACAACUUCAGAGGUUAAUGUCUUCUGAAGCAAUAUGAUAGGUGUGGGUGAGAAAGAUCAAUAUUUAAAGGUGCACUCAGUAAGUUUUUGCUUGUAUCACCUUGGACUUACAGUGAUACCUAAUGGUGUGAAUGCAGCAUCAUUCAAAAUCAAUAGUUUUCAGUUACAGAUGCCAUUCACUAUUCACAAUUAGCAUGGUUUAGGUCAAAUGUAGCAGACCACUACCACUUUGUCUGUAUAAACGAGGAAUUGUCCAAUCAAACAAAAGUAUGGGGUGCCACAGGGAUCAGUUUUAGGGCCUCUGCUUCUUCUUAUUUAUGCUUCCCCUGGGAGAUAUUAUCAGGAAUCAUGGAAUAAGAUUCCACUGUUAUGCAGACGAUACCCCCAACUUUAUAUUUCUUUGAAACCCAACAAAGUUUCACAAUUCUCCAAAUUAGCAGAGUGUAUCAAUGAAAUCAAAGAUUGGAUGGCCAGAAAUUUCCUUCUAUUCAAUUCCGACAAAACAGAUGUACUAGUUAUUGGACCAAACACCUCUAAAAAUAAGCCGCUAAAAUACAAUUUGACUCUCGAUGGAUGUACCGUUACAUCGUCUUCAACAGCGAAGACCUUAGGUUUUGUAUUUGAUACCAAUAUGUAAUAUAAAAAUCUAAUUUCCAAAGUUUGUAGAAAAGCAUUUUUCCACCUAAGAAAUAUUGCUAAGUUACGACACAUGCUCUCUGUUGCUAAUGCCGAAAAACUAAUGAAUGUAUUAGUUUUAAUACAUUAAUAGUUAGUUAGAUUAUUGUAAUGCAUUACUGGGAGGAUGUCCAGCAAUUUCAAUAAAUAAACUUCAAAACUUGGUUCAAAAUGCAGCAGAAAGAGUGUUGACUAGAACCAAUAAAUAUGAUCAUAUUAGCCCUAUUUUAUCGUCAUUACGUUAAAUUUCGUAUUAAUUUUAAAAUUCUGUUAACUACAUACAAAGCUUUAAAUGGUCUAGCUCCGCAGUACUUAAUUGACCUUCUACCAUGCUAUAUUCCAUCACGUUCAUUACGAUCGCGAAACUCUGGCCUGUUAAUAGUUCCUAGAAUAUCAAAAUCCACAAAAGGAGGUAGAUCCUUUUCCUAUUUGGCUUCUAAACUAUGGAAUAGUCUCCCUAACACUGUUCGGGAUGCAGACACACUCACUGAGUUUAAGUCUAGACUUAAGACUCAUCUAUUUAGCCAGGCAUACACCUAAUUUAUUCUUCACCUCACAAUUAGGCUGCUUUAGUUAGGUCCGCCGGAACCUGAAACAUUGAUCAUGAUCUAUAACUCUGCAAAAAUUUGAAUGGCAUCUACGCUAAUAUUAUUCUAUUUGUUUCCAUGUCUCAACCUCGGGACUCCUAUCCCGAGGUCACCAGUACCGUCCGGAUCCAGCUCCAUUCCUGCUUUGUGUCGGACUCCACUGCUACGUGUCUCUGAGUGAAGACGACAAAAUGCAGCCGGUCCCAGCCAGACAUCACUUCAGUCUAUUACGAUGGACCUCAGAGAAUGAACUGAUGCCAACUCCAACCAUAAGACAUGGGAUACUUCAUAUGCUAUUGCCUGAACCUUGGACUUAGGAUAGACCUCACCAAAAUUACCGGCCGGUUGAACUGCAAAGCACCUCACUGAUCUCGGCCUGCAUCAUCUUGGUCUAAUGAUGGACUUCACUCUUAAAAUGGAAUACAUAGACUAUCAAUAACGUCCAACAAAAGCCUUCAUCAGCCAACUAACAAAGAACAAUGCAUCUAUGUGAACUUCUGCAGUUAAUCCAGGAUGAACUUCAAAGAUACACUAUAUUGCCAAAAGUAUUCGCUCAUCUGCCUUUAGACGCAUAUGAACUUAAGUGACAUCCCAUUCUUAAUCCAUAGGGUUUAAUAUGACGUCGGCCCACCCUUUGCAGCUAUUACAGCUUCAACUCUUCUGGGAAGGCUUUCCACAAGGUUUAGGAGUGCGUUUAUGGGAAUUUUUGACCAUUCUUCCAGAAGCGCAUUUGUGAGGUCAGACACUGAUGUUGGAUGAGAAGGCCUAGCUCGCAGUCUUCGCUCCAAUUCAUCCCAAAGGUGCUCUAUCGGGUUGAGGUCAGGACUCUGUGCAGGCCAGUCAAGUUUUUCCACACCAAACUCGCUCAUCCAUGUCUUUAUGGCCCUUGCUUUGUGCACUGGUGCGCAGUCAUGUUGGAACAGGAAGGGGCCAUCCCCAAACUGUUCCCACAAAGUUGUGAGCAUGGAAUUGUCCAAAAUCUCUUGGUAUGCUGAAGCAUUCAGAUUUCCUUUCACUGGAACUAAGGGGCCAAGCCCAGCUCCUGAAAAACAACCCCACACCAUAAUCCCCCCUCCACCAAACUUCACAGUUGGCACAAUGCAGUCAGACAAGUACCGUUCUCCUGGCAACCGCCAAACCCAGACUCGUCCAUCAGAUUGCCAAAUGGAGAAGCGUGAUUCGUCACUCCAGAGAACGCGUCUCCACUGCUCUAGAGUCCAGUGGCGGCGUGCUUUACACCACUGCAUCCGACGCUUUGCAUUGCACUUGGUGAUGUAUGGCUUGGAUGCAGCUGCUCGGCCAUGGAAACCCAUUCCAUGAAGCUCUCUACGCACUGUUCUUGAGCUAAUCUGAAGGCCACAUGAACUUUGGAGGUCUGUAGCGAUUGACUCUGCAGAAAGUUGGCGACCCCUGCGCACUGUGCGCCUCAGCAUCCGCUGACCCCGCUCUGUCAUUUUACGUGGCCUACCACUUCGUGGCUGAGUUGCUGUCAUUCCCAAUCGCUUCCACUUUGUUAUAAUACCACUGACAGUUGACUGUGGAAUAUUUAGUAGCGAGGUAAUUUCACGACUGGACUUGUUGCACAGGUGACAUCCUAUCAUAGUACCAUGCUGGAAUUCACUGAGCUCCUGAGAGCGGCCCAUUCUUUCACAAAUGUUUGUAGAAGCAGUCUGCAUGCCUAGGAGCUUCAUUUUAUACACCUGUGGCCAUGGAAGUGAUUGGAACACCUGAAUACAAUUAUUUGGAUGGGACAGCUGUUGCUUAUUGAGGCUGACUGUUAUGGAGAGAGCAGAAGGAUACGGUGCAAUACGGUCCCAUUUCACAUUGAGCAUUCCUGAAACAAUGCCGAAAUCUUCAGGGGGGAAGGAAUCAUCAGACAGCUCAACCUCCAGGGCAGCACUAAAGAGCAUGGAGAGAGAAGAUUAAAAGUGCACGAAGAAAAGAGGGUGGAGAUGGCACACUGUGUGAUGACUUCAUUAAUUCAUCUUUGAAACAAUGUUCUUCCUUGUGUCAGUCAUUUCUAAACGAUGAGAUGGCUGCGACUGGGAAACUAAG